AAAAUAUUGAAAAUUUAGAUGUUAAAGUUGCUGAGAGGUUGGAUGAUAGGCUUAAUAUGAUUGAAGAUACAGUAUGUAAUGAAGUGAGGGAAUUGAGGAAUGAAGUUAAAGAAGUGAGGAAUGAAGUUAAAGAAAUGAGGGAAAAAUUUGAUAAAUUUGAGGAGACGUUUGAGAAUUCGCGUAGAAGGA